CAUUAGCAGGCAGAAGCAAAGCUUUUCUUAAUACAAAUAAAGGGGGGGGGCUGCUGUGUUCAGUUGCAGUUUCUGCCUAAACGCUAGGGGGCGCAAAGUGUGUUACCUGGUGAAAGGUUAGGAAAUGAGUCUUGGAAAAAAGAAUGUCGUCGUCGGAUUGAAUAUCAGCGUGUUGUGGUCGUAAAAUAAAGACGUUCGCGAUCCGAGUUACACUUGGCUGGCUGGCUGGCUGCUCGGUCACAAGACCCUCCUUUAGCAUUCGGUGAUUCAGCGUUUGGGUUCAAUCGGGGAGACAACAGAAACAAAAAAAAGAAAAUAGCGAAGGAUGCGCAAGCAGUGAAACGUCCGCCAGAAGAUCAGCGCAAAGGGCGAGCGACGGUGAAACUGACAGGAGGAAUAAAAAGCCGCAGCCACGGGAAGUGUGCACUGUGAGCCCAAUAACGUGCGAGCCAUCGGGCCGAAGAUGGACGCAGCCUGCUUCAAAGUGGCUCUCGUAUUCUUCCCACUCACAGACAGCUGCCUUUCUAGCGCCCUGUUUGUGAAUUAAGAAACACAAAAACACACAACGAGGGGGACGCCAGCCAGCUGAGAGGGUCCAGCAGCAGACUUCAUACACCGUGUCGAAGGCAAACCCCGAUGAAGGUAUUUCCGGGUCACUCAGCCCGCAAUCCCCGCCCCUACGUGAUCUCUCGGCCAAUGGUUGCACGCCUACAGUCCCGACGCGACUGUGACCUUGCCGGUAUUUGCUAACUGAUUGGUCAGCGCCUGUUGUGUGUGCCGUGAUUGGUCAUGUGGCUACACUCGGCACGCUCGUCCCAACCCUGCUGUUUCUAUUGCUGCAGCACCGUAAUGUCGGCGGGUGUCCUCGGCAGUCGAGUCAGGUUGGCGUCUCUACAGCGGCUGCACGUACUGCAGGCACACCUGAAUGGCCUCCCACGUGGAACGUCUCGCCCGAUGAGCAGUCAGGAUGGACGUGAGGGUGAGGUGCUGCUGCAGACGUCGGGCUGUGCCGGGGUCAUCACCCUCAACAGACCGAAGGCCCUCAACGCGCUCAACCUGUCAAUGAUCAGAAAGAUCUUCCCUCAGCUCAAGAAGUGGGAACAAGAUGACCAGACGUCCAUUGUGAUUAUCAAGGGAGUUGGGGACAAAGCCUUCUGUGCAGGUGGAGACAUUCGAGCUGUGGCAGAUGCCGGGAAGGCGGGGGGCAGCCUGAUUCAGGACUUCUUCAGAGAGGAGUACAUUCUGAACAACGCCAUAGGCACCUUGCAGAAGCCCUACGUGGCUCUUAUUGAUGGCAUCACCAUGGGCGGUGGAGUCGGUCUGUCUGUUCACGGGCACUUCCGCGUCGCCACAGAAAAGACACUUUUUGCCAUGCCUGAGACUGGCAUAGGGCUGUUUCCUGACGUUGGCGGCGGCUUCUUCCUUCCCAGACUGCGAGGUAAACUCGGCCUCUUCCUGGCACUCACUGGCUUUCGACUCAAAGGGCGCGAUGUGCAGCUGGCUGGGUUGGCCACUCACUUUGUGGAAUCUCAAAAGCUGGCCGCUCUGGAGCGUGACUUGGUGCAGCUGAAGUGUCCAUCGCAGAAGGACGUGGCGGGCGUGCUGGACGCUUACCAGGCGCAGAGCUGUACUGGCCGAGAGCAGCCGUUUGCACUGGAGGGGCACAUGCAGGACGUGGACAGGCUCUUCAGCGGCAGCAGCGUCGAGGGCAUCGUCUGCCAACUGGAGGCUGAGCGUUCGCCUUUUGCUGAGAAGCAGCUGCAGACGCUGAAGCGCAUGUCUCCCACCUCCAUGAAAGUCACCUUCAGACAGCUGGCCAGUGGGGCGUCUAUGAGCCUUCAGGAGGUGCUGGUGAUGGAGUACAGACUGUGCCAGGCGUGCAUGAGAGGCCACGACUUCUACGAAGGAGUGAGGGCAGUGCUCAUCGACAAGGACCAGCGGCCCAAGUGGCAGCCAGCUUCCUUGGACCAGGUGACAGAUGAGAUGGUGGAUGGCUACUUCCAGUCCCUGGGCAGCGGUGACCUGCACCUGUGAUGGUGACGUGGGCUGUAGAUGCCAGUGGGUGGGGUGGACGUGAGCCCCUAUCCCCCCCAAACAGAGACAAUAAUAAAGUAAGAAAAGCA